AUGGCGAACAACGCACCGGGGAGGAGAACCACCCGAGCGCAAUCAUCCGCGGGGAAGAAGACGAGCAAAACGCCUCCUAAGAGUCCUCCUGUGAGUACGAAUGCGAAGAAUACGACGAAGAGAAAGAAGAAAGAGGAAAAGGAGGACCUGUUACAAGUGGAGGAAAUCGCGAAGAGAGUGAAACGAGCGUCGAUUGAGACAAAGGAGGAGGAAAAGGAAGGAGAGAAAACAAAGGAGAAAGAGGAGACCAACGAGGAGGAGUACGCGUACGCGGAGAUCAACUCCGUCUUGAAACGACUACACUUUGAAGCGAGAGAGCGAAGGCGGACGAGCAUGAGUCCUUGA